CUAAUACCCAUUUCUGUCACCACCCUACGUACUCUUCCUUCUCAUCUUCCUCUCCUACAUAAUCCCAUGCCCAAACCCACCUCUGAAUUCACCAAAAACCGCGUUCUUUCAUUUCCAUACAUAUCCUCUAAUAAUUCAGCAGCACACAGUUUACAAGGUAUUCAACAUUUGCAUGCUUAUCACGUUGAACUUUUUUUUGAACUUUUUUGUUGAGGCGCUAGAUUCUGUAGGAGCUAGCACAAAUUUCUUGUGUGUAUUGGGAAGUGAUAAGUGUCUCAUCAUGACGGCUGCUUUGCACGGCGAUGGGCUUGCGGUGUCCAUGAGCCGGCGAGCGAGUUCCCGGUCGGCUAGCAAGAAAAGCUUCUCGGCGAGCUUCCGCGAGGCUUGGACGGGACAACCGGAUGUGUUUCAGAGGAGUGGUACUAGGGGAGAUGACGAAGAGGAGCUGAAGUGGGCAGCUUUAGACCGGCUUCCCACGUAUGACAGGUUGAGGAAGGGAUUUCUGAAGCAGGUUUUGGAUGAUGGGAGAGUUGGUUAUGAAGAGGUUGAUGUUACCAAACUUCGGAUGCAGGACAAGAAGAAUAUCAUUGAGAGUAUACUCAAAGUUGUUGAAGAUGAUAAUGAGAAGUUUCUUCGUAGGCUUAGAAACAGGACUGACAGGGUGGGAAUUGAGAUUCCAACCAUUGAAAUCCGGUUUGAGCAUGUAUCCAUUGAAGGAGAUGCGUACGUUGGGACCAGGGCACUCCCAACUCUGCUCAACUCAACCUUGAAUUCAAUUGAGGCUCUUCUUGGGGUACUCAAGCUUUUCCCAUCAAAGAAAAGGGUUGUCCAAAUUCUACAAGAUGUGAGUGGAAUAGUGAAGCCAUCGAGAAUGACGCUGCUUCUGGGACCUCCCGGAUCAGGGAAAACGACUUUGCUGCAGGCACUUGCUGGGAAGAGGGACAAGGAUCUCAGGGUAUCAGGCAGAGUCACAUACUGUGGUCAUGAAUUGUCAGAAUUCGUUCCUCAGAGAACAUGUGCUUAUAUUAGCCAACAAGAUCUUCAUCAUGGUGAAAUGACGGUCAGGGAGACAUUGGAUUUUUCGGGACGUUGCUUGGGAGUUGGAACCAGGUACGAGAUGCUGGCAGAAUUAUCAAGACGGGAAAAACAUGCACGAAUCAAACCAGAUCCUGAGAUAGAUGCGUUCAUGAAAGCAACAGCAAUGACAGGCGAAGAAGCAAGUCUUGUUACAGACUAUAUUCUCAAGAUUCUUGGAUUGGAUAUCUGUUCUGACAUUUUGGUGGGCGAUGAUAUGAGAAGGGGCAUAUCAGGUGGACAAAAGAAGCGUGUUACUACAGGAGAAAUGCUGGCUGGACCGGCAAAGGCCCUUUUCAUGGAUGAAAUAUCAAAUGGUCUGGACAGUUCCACAACUUUCCAAAUUGUCAGGUUUAUGAGACAGAUGGUUCAUAUCAUGGACGUGACAAUGAUAAUAUCUCUUCUGCAACCUGCGCCUGAAACCUUUGAUCUUUUUGAUGACAUUAUCUUACUUUCAGAGGGUCAGAUUGUUUAUCAAGGUCCACGUGACAAUGUUCUUCAGUUUUUUGAAAAUGUAGGCUUCAAGUGCCCAGAAAGGAAAGGAGUUGCAGACUUCUUGCAAGAGAUUACAUCAAAAAAGGACCAGGAGCAGUACUGGUACAAAAAGAAUGAGCCUUACCGAUAUAUCAGUGUCCCUGAAUUCGUAAGUUGCUUCCAAAAUUUUCACAUUGGCCAGAAAAUCUCUGAAGAGCUUGGAAUUCCCUACGAUCGGUCCAAAGCCCAUCCAGCUGCAUUAGUAAAAGAGAAGUAUGGAAUCUCGAACUGGGAACUCUUCAAGGCAUGCCUUGCAAGAGAGUGGCUAUUGAUGAAGCGCAACUCUUUUGUAUAUAUAUUCAAGACAACCCAGAUCACCAUCAUGUCAAUUAUUGCCAUGACAGUGUUCUUGAGAACAGAAAUGAAGCAUGGUCGAAUAGAAGAUGGAGGGAAAUUUUAUGGUGCAAUGUUCUUCAGUCUCACCAACGUGAUGUUUAAUGGAGUGGCGGAACUUGCAUUGACUAUUUUUAGGCUUCCUGUAUUUUUUAAGCAGCGGGAUUUCUUGUUCUAUCCAUCAUGGGCUUUUGCGUUGCCAAUUUGGCUCCUCAGGAUUCCCCUCUCAUUGAUGGAGUCAGGAAUAUGGAUCUGCCUCACAUAUUACACUGUUGGGUUUGCUCCUGCUGCUAGUAGGUUUUUUCGUCAGUUAUUGGCAUUCUUCAGUGUCCAUCAGAUGGCCCUAUCACUCUUCCGCUUUAUUGCAGCACUUGGAAGAACACAAGUUGUGGCAAAUACAAUUGGUACCUUCUCAUUGCUGUCCAUUUUUGUCCUCGGGGGAUUUAUUGUUGCCAAAGAUGACAUUCAACCUUGGAUGAAAUGGGGUUACUAUGUUUCUCCCAUGAUGUAUGGACAGAAUGCCAUAGUCAUGAAUGAGUUUCUCGAUGAAAGAUGGAGUGCGCCCAAUCCCGACCCAAAUGUUCCUGAACCUACUGUGGGAAAGGUUCUUCUCAGGGCCAGGGGCAUGUUUAAAGAUGACUAUUGGUUCUGGAUCUGUGUUGGGGCACUCCUUGGGUUUUCUCUGCUAUUCAACAUCUGUUUUAUACUAGCACUCACAUUUUUAAAUCCUUUAGGAGAUUCUAAAUCUGUCAUUGUCGAGGAGGAUGAUAAGAGGAAGAGUGGAAAGCAGCCAUCUAAUGGCCAGCAUAGAAUAAUGACCACGGAAAUGAGUACAGCUUCAACUUCUCCACUGUUUGAAGACUCCACAAUUGGUACUUCUGCAGUGCAAGCACCCGUUAGAAGGGGAAUGGUGUUGCCUUUCCAGCCCUUGUCACUUGCAUUUAGUCAUGUAAACUACUAUGUCGAUAUGCCCGCUGAAAUGAAGAGUGAAGGAGUGGAAGAAACUCGUCUCCAGCUGUUACGAGAUGUUAGUGGUGCUUUCAGGCCUGGUGUUCUAACAGCAUUGGUUGGUGUAAGUGGUGCUGGAAAGACCACAUUGAUGGAUGUGCUAGCAGGGAGAAAAACUGGAGGGUACACUGAAGGAAGUAUCAGCAUAUCUGGUUAUCCAAAGAACCAAGCAACUUUUGCUCGGGUCAGCGGUUAUUGUGAACAGAACGAUAUCCAUUCACCCCAUGUUACCGUCUAUGAAUCUCUUCUGUACUCUGCCUGGCUGCGUCUUGCCAAGGAGGUCGACAAGGAAACACGAAAGAUGUUUGUUGAGGAAGUUAUGGAUUUGGUUGAGCUAAACCCAUUGAGGAAUUCUUUAGUUGGCCUCCCAGGAGUAGAUGGUCAGUCCCCUGAACAGAGAAAGAGACUCACCAUAGCCGUGGAAUUGGUUGCCAAUCCUUCCAUCAUCUUCAUGGAUGAGCCAACAUCAGGCCUUGAUGCUAGAGCUGCAGCAAUUGUUAUGCGUACGGUGAGAAAUACAGUGGAUACAGGGCGAACAGUUGUCUGCACAAUUCACCAGCCAAGCAUUGACAUUUUUGAAGCAUUCAAUGAGCUUUUGUUGAUGAAAAGGGGUGGACAAGUCAUUUAUGCUGGACCCCUUGGUCACCAGUCUCACAAGCUUGUAGAAUACUUUGAGGCUUUCCCAUAUGUUCCUAAGAUCAAAGAGGGCCAUAAUCCUGCUACAUGGAUGCUAGAAGUCAGUUCUCCUGCUGUGGAGGUUCAACAUGAUGUGGAUUUUGCAGAAAUCUAUGCCAACUCUGAUCUGUACAAGAGGAAUCAAGAACUCAUCCAAGAGCUGAGUACUCCAUCACCAGGAUCAGCAGAACUUUACUUCCCCACCAAAUAUUCCCAAUCCUUUACUUCUCAAUGCAACGCUUGUUUCGGGAAGCAAUAUUGGUCCUAUUGGAGGAACCCUCAAUACAAUGCAAUCCGUUUCUUGUUGACAAUAGUUACUGGUAUUAUAUUUGGACUUGUAUUCUGGAACAAAGGACAUCAUCAGACGAAAAGAGAACAAGACCUGCUGAAUCUGCUGGGAGCAAUGUUUGCAGCGGUUGUUUUCCUUGGAGGCAUCAACUCUUCUACAGUGCAGUCUGUUGUGGCAAUUGAAAGGACAGUCUUCUACCGUGAAAGAGCAGCAGGAAUGUACUCGGCCUUGCCGUAUGCAUUUGGUCAGGUGGCUGUGGAGACAUUAUACCUUAUCGUCCAAACUUUUGUCUACACUCUUAUCCUUUACUCGAUGAUCGGAUUCGAUUGGAAAGCAGAUAAAUUCUUUUGGUUUUACUUCUUCAUAUUAAUGUGCUUUGUAUACUUCACCUUCUACGGGAUGAUGAUUCAAGCUCUCACUCCCAGCUACCAAAUUGCUGCCAUUGUUAUGUCCUUCUUCCUGAACUUCUGGAACCUGUUCUCUGGUUUCCUCAUCCCAAGGAAGCAAAUUCCAAUAUGGUGGAGGUGGUAUUACUGGGCUUCUCCAGUGGCUUGGACACUCUACGGCCUUGUAACUUCUCAGGUGGGAGACAAGACAACUCUGAUUGAGGUACCUGGAGAAGCUGAUAUUCAAGUGAAGGACUACCUAAAGAAGCACUUGGGUUUUGAUCAUGACUUCCUUGGAGCGGUUGCUGCUGCCCAUAUUGGCUUUUCCCUCCUUUUCUUCUUUGUCUUUGCCUAUGGCAUCAAGUUCCUCAACUUCCAAAGGAGAUAAAAAGAGAGUGAAGUUUCAGCACUCGUGAGAUUUUGCAUGCAAGAUUUUAUUUGUAGGGUGUUUUCAUUUAUUGUUAUUUAAUCUUUCUUUUCAAAUAUAUUUCAAGAAACUGAAAUUCUUAACGGACAAA